AUUUUUAUCAGCCUUGGACUUCCGUGUCUCAACAUCAACCUACUUUUUGUGAACAUUGCGCUGCCAUAAAUUGUAACUGUUGAGGGGCAUAGUUGGCGCUAUAGAAACAUUACUUGCGCCAUGUCUUCCUUCGGCGGAAAGCGCAAGGCGCGCAAAAUCCUGGUCAACGACGACGACGACGAGACAACAACAUCACCAGCACCUGUUGAACCCAAGGCCACAGUUGAACAAAAACCAACUACAACCUCGCACGCCCGAUCUAAACCCUUCAAGAAAUCAGCCUUGCGCCACAGUAUCGCCUUCGAUGACGAACAGUCGCAAGACACCUCCGGCACAGAUGGAGGCAGUGAACCCAAGCCAAUCCGUGAGGUUGACUUUGGGCCGUCACGAUCAAGUGGCAAACGGGCAGGACAGACCAAGAAGAAACCCGCAGCUUCGCGGUUAUCCUUUGGGCCGGGAGAAAUAAUAUCUGGCGAUGAUGCGGCAGCAUUGGAAGAAGACGAGUCGUUUACGCCCAAGAAAGCAGCCCCGAGACGAGGCAUCGAAGGGAAUAAUGUGCGGCUGAGUUUACCGGCUUACCAGCGAGGACGAGAAGGGGAGGAGGAGGAGCGGCCGACGUAUAGCAAAGAUUACUUGGAGGAGCUGAAGAUGAGCACGAAGAGCACGCCAAAGGAUCUACAAAAGUUUCCCGCUCAGGAUGCUGAUGAAGGGGGACUGGAUGCUAGCGAGCUUGAGGGCGCGACGGUGGUAGAACCCAGUGGCGAGCUGAUAUCGCGGCGCGACGAGGAUAAAGCGUAUAUCCCCACCGAAGCCGAGAUCGCAGAGAAGAAGCAACGGAGAGCAAGGCUUGCGCAGGAGCAAGAUUUCAUAUCACUCGACGAUGGAGGGGAUAUGAGUCAAAUAGGACAGAUCUCGCUGCUACCGAGCCGAAAGAAGGAGACGCGGUUAGUUCGAGACGAUGAGGACGUUAUGGAGGGGUUUGAAGACUUCGUUGACGAUGGCCGCAUUUCCCUCGACAAGAAAGCGCAGCGCAAGGCGCAGCGGCAGCAGAAGAAGAUAAUUGCCCAGGCCAUCCAGGAGGCGGAGGGUAGCUCGUCUGAGGAGUCUGAUGACUCGGAAGCCGAACGGCGCGCGGAGUACGAAGCCGCGCAGACUCGCGCAGGGAUGGACGGGCUCAAGAAACUCGACGCGACGCAGACGGCAGCGCUGAUUCCGCCAAAGGUCACGCCCAUACCGAGCCUAUCAGAGUGUUUGGCGCGACUGCGGACGUCAUUGAGCGAGGCAGAGCAAGAGUCCACAAAGCGGAGCUGGAGGAUGGGCGAGCUGGUGAGGGAGAAGGCGGAGAUUGUUGCUAGGGAGCAGGAAGUUCAGAGGUUGCUGCGAGAGGCGGGGGAGAGGUAUUCGGCGCUGAGGGGCGAUUCGAAUUUACCUCCCGUUGACACGGCGGAUCCGAUGGCGUUCCCGUCGGUUGGGGAUGGGUUUAGGGAGGCUACGAGCAGGAAUCGGGGAUUGGAGAGUUUUGGGAAUACGCCUGUGGGGACUUCGGGGGUGGAGGAUGCGGAAUGAGAGAUGAGUGACUGCGGUUGAGGCAUGUUGCUAUAGGUCCCAUUGAAGAUAUGUUAGUGUAAUAAUACCCAAAUUUAUAACAUAAAUUUCGAAACCUCAUAAGCC